AUGGCCCGGCGGGCGGGCUGGGGGCUCUGGGCCGCGCUGGGCUGCGGGCUGUGCCUGCUGGCGGGCGGGCAGGAGCCGUGGCGGCAGCUCAUCCAGUGGGAGAACAACGGCCGCGUUUACAGCCUCCUCAACAGCGGCGCCGAGUACGUCCCGCCGGGGCAGGAGCGCCCGCCCGGCAGCCGCUUGUUGCUGGCGGGGGCGGCGGGCAGCGUCCGCCGGCAGGCUCCGGGCUCCGGGACGGUGCGGGGACAGGCGAGACACCCCUUCGGCUUCGGGCAGGUGCCCGAGAACUGGCGGGAGGGCCCGGUGGGCGACGGCGCGGCCGCGCAGCGGCGACCGCCCGCCCGCGCGCGCCAGCCUUCAUCCUCCGCAGCAUCGUCAGCAUCAGCAUCAGCAUCAUCCUUCGCGUACGCCUCGGCGGGGCAGCCGCCGUACCCCCAGUACCCCUUCGCCCCGCAGUACGAGCCCUACGAGGCGCCCCGGGCCUACGACGAGGCGUUCACCUAUUACCGGAGCACCGGGACCGGCGGGGCGGCCGUGGCGGCGGGGGCGGCGGCGGGGGCCAGCGUGGUGUACCCCUUCCAGCCCCGCGCCCGCCACGAGGACUACGGCGAGGAGCAGAGCCCCUACAGAGCCCACUACCCGCCGCCAGAACGGCCCUACAUUCCUGCCGUGCCCCAGCCGGUGGACGGGCUGGACCGGCGGUAUUCCCAUAGUUUGUACCACGACACCGGGAUUGCACCGGAGCAGAGCCCGGACUCGUACGCCAACCAACAAGCCGUCAACCACGGCGUGGCCUCCGCGGAUAACCUGCAGGCGGCCGUCGGGACGGGGUACGGGGGUCAGUACCCGCCCUACGAGCCGCAGCCGCCGUUCCGGGCGGUGGAGCCGUACGGGGUCCCUCGUCCCGAGUCCUACCUGCCUGCCAGGAGCCUCGAAAUCCCCCAGGCUGUCCCUGAUAGCCAAGCUCGGGUCAGCGUGGGCAGCGUCUACAGGCCCAGCCACGGUGGACGGGGUCUCCCCGACUUGGUGCCGGACCCCAACUAUGUGCAGGCGUCCACCUACGUGCAGAGAGCUCACCUGUACUCACUGCGCUGCGCUGCCGAGGAGAAGUGCCUGGCCAGCACUGCCUACACCCCCGAAGCCACCGACUACGACGUGCGGGUGCUGCUGCGGUUCCCCCAGCGGGUGAAGAACCAGGGCACGGCCGAUUUCCUGCCCAGCCGGCCCCGGCACAGCUGGGAGUGGCACAGCUGCCACCAGCACUACCACAGCAUGGAUGAGUUCAGCCACUAUGACCUGCUGGAUGCCACCACGGGCAGGAAGGUGGCCGAGGGCCACAAGGCCAGUUUCUGCCUGGAGGACACCACCUGUGAUUUCGGCAACCUGAAGCGUUACGCCUGCACCUCCCACACCCAGGGCUUGAGCCCAGGUUGCUAUGACACCUACAACGCCGACAUCGACUGCCAGUGGAUCGAUAUAACGGAUGUGCAGCCGGGCAACUAUGUCUUGAAGGUUCAAGUGAACCCCAAAUACAUCGUCCUGGAGUCAGACUUCACCAACAACGUGGUGAGGUGCAACAUCCACUACACCGGACGCUACGUCUCCACAACAAACUGCAAGAUUUCCCAAUCUUGAUGGGAGCAGGGCCAGAGGGAUGUCACCUGCCUCAGCCUCUGUCCCCUCUUCAAAAAGAAAGCCUGAGCUCCUCUGCCCCACCAGAGACCCUGGAGCUCACCAGCAGCUCCUCGAGACACAGACUGCCCCCCCUGCCCCGAAAAACCCCCCAUGCCUUCACAUUAAAAGGAGGGGAAGCCAGAAUGACUCUGAAAUUUUUUUUAUACUUAACUUUUCUUUAAUCUUGGUUUUUUACCAUUUCCUGAGGGGAUCCAAUGCUGGGUUUUAGUUGGAAUAAAGGCAGGGACCCAUAAGUGCUGUACAAUGAUGUAAAUGCAUACUAGCUCUGUAGUCCUUAACCCCUUUGGCAUUUUUUUUGGGGGGGGGGCGGUCUCUGGCUGUUUCCCCAGGGGGAAGAAGACAGCCUGGAUUUGGAGCUGCUGCCCCAGGAAGGAUACUUGGCCCCUCUAUUUGAGGUGGCUGCCAUGCCAGGAUGCUCCAGGCACUUUUGGGACUGAAGGUGCUGGAAAUCCCAUCCCCUUUAACGGAGAAGUCUCUCUGUCUGCCCAGCUUUUAUAAACACGGAGAGUCCUUGAGAUGACUGGAAAGCUUGGUUUAUUAUUUUUAUUAUUAUUAAUGUUAUUGCUAUUUUCACAAGCUUUAAAACCAGAAAUCAUUAAAACAUGUUGCUUUUGA